AAGCAGGAACCUCAGCCGCCGUAAGCGGAAAGCGGAUUCGCCAUGGACACCAUGGAUUCAGAGCCCGCUUCCUCUUCUUCUGCCGACCCCUUGCAGAGCAUCCCGAAGAGUCCAGUGGUGGUGCUGAUGGUGGGCAUGGCGGGCAGCGGAAAGAGCACCUUCAUGCACCGACUGGUGGUGCGCCUGCAGAGUCAGAAGAAGCGGGUCUACACUGUGAACCUGGACCCGGCGGUGCGGAACCUGGCCUAUCCCAUCAACGUGGACAUCCGGGAUACGGUGAACUACAAGGAGGUGAUGAAGCACUUCGGUUUGGGGCCCAACGGCGCCAUCAUGACCUCGCUGAACCUCUUCGCCACCAAGUUCGACCAGGUCCUCACCAUCCUCGGCCGCCGGGCGGAGAUGUUGGACUACAUCCUCAUCGACACCCCGGGGCAGAUCGAGGUCUUCAACUGGUCGGCCUCCGGUCAGAUCAUCUGCGACAGCCUGGCUGUGACCUAUCCCACCACGGUGUGCUACGUGGUGGAUACCGCCAGGUGCGUAAAGCCUGUGACCUUCAUGUCCAACAUGCUCUAUGCCUGCUCGAUCCUGUACAAGACGAAGCUGCCCUUCGUGAUUGCCUUCAACAAGAUCGACGUCAUCCCCCACGACUUCCUCAAGGAGUGGAUGGAGGACUUCGAGAAGGUGGGCGACGCGCUGAGCCGGGAGAGCUCCUACGUGGCCUCGCUGGCCAGGUCCAUGAGCCUCGCCAUGGAGGAGUUCUACAAGAACCUGAGGUCCGUGGGCGUGUCCGCCGUCACGGGCGCCGGUUGUGAAGACUUCGAGAAGGCCCUCGGCGAAGCGGCGCAGGAGUUCGUGGACAGCUACGUGCCCUUCCUCAUGGAGCAGCGGAAGGACCUGGAAGAGAAGCGCCAGCAGGCGGUGGAGGAGCAGCUCAAGUCCUUUGAGCAGAACAUGGACCGUGCCAAGCGGGGCCGCGACCAGUUGGAGGAGGACAUGCAGAAUCUGUCCAUUGAAGAGCGAGAGCUGGACCUCAUGAGUUUAGGAUGACGAGCCUGGCAAAAAACAAUAAACAUCGAUGCCCGGAGGUCCGUUACCAAAUCUUGAUGAGAGACAGCGUAGAGCUCGUGAGCGAGGUAGCAUACAAGUGUAGCUGUUUUGCAAGAAAGCCGCA